UCCAUGAACUAGGAAGGCGAAAAAGAGACCCGGAGACGGAGCCGUUCCUGGCGCAAAACAAGGCAACAACCCGCCCGGGCUGCGCCUUUAAGGCUGGUCGGGGGCGGAGCAGGGAGUGUCCCGAGCGGGCUGUGCGCUGAGGUUGGGCGGCCGGAGGAGUUCGGCUCGGUUGGGACAACGGCGGCGGCAGCGGCGGCGAGUUGGGCUUCGGGCGGGCCUUAACGAGAGGAAGCGAGGGCUGAGGACGGGAGCGCAGCCAGCAUGGACUGGGGCACGGAGCUCUGGGAUCAAUUUGACACGAUUGAGCGCCACACCCAGUGGGGCCUGGACCUGAUGGACAGAUACGUCAAAUUUGUGAAAGAGCGGACUGAAAUUGAGCAGGCAUAUGCGAAGCAGCUGAGAAAUCUUGUGAAAAAGCAUCUUCCCAAGAGGACCUCUCGAGAAGAUCCAGAAACAAAGUUUUGCCAGUACCAUGCUUUCCUUCAAGUGGUGAAGGAGCUGAAUGACUUUGCAGGCCAACGGGAAGUCAUAGCAGAAGACCUUCUAGCCCAGAUCUGUGUGGAGCUUUCCAAGGACUUGCAGGAACUGAAACAGGAAAGGAAAUUGUAUCUGCAAGAAGGCCGAAGGGCUCAACAACAGCUAGAAAAUUCCUUCAAGCAACUUGAAAAUAGUAAGCGCAAGUUUGAACGGGACUGCCGAGAGGCUGAGAAAGCUGUGCUGAAUGCAGAGAAGCUGGAUCAGGACAUCAACACCACCAAGGCAGAUGUGGAGAAGGCCAAGCAGCAAGCCAACCUGCGAAGUCACAUGGCUGAGGAGAGCAAAAAUGAAUAUGCUUCGUAUCUUCAGAAGUUCAAUCACAAUCAGAACCAGUUUUACUUUCUGGAGAUGCCACAGAUCUUCAACAAGAUGCAGAGGAUGGACGAAAGACGGACCGCGGCGCUCAAGGGGGGCUACAGCAUUUUUUCAGAGAUAGCACAGCAGUCAUGCCCAAUCAUCGGCAAAUGCCUGGAGGGCAUGAAGGCAGCGGCAGAGCUGGUCGAUGAAAAAAAUGACUCGCAAAUGUUGAUCGAACUGCACAAAUGGUUUGAGAGGCCAGGAGACAUGGAUUUUGAAGACUUCAGCCAGCUGAAUCGCACCUCUUCCGAUAGCAGCCUGGGAACUCCGCGGGGCACCCUGGACGGCCGUCUGGAUCCCCGACUGCUCGGCAAGAACAAGGGGAAACGCUGGCUCUUCAGCAGGAAGAAUAAGCUCCCGACCCCUCCCCUCUCCCCUAUAAAUUGCCCUUCCUCUUCAUCUUCCGCCUCCUCCUCCUCCUCUGCCAUCAAUGGACCUCCAUCCCCCAAAUUCACCCGUGACCCUCUGUCUUACUGUUUGAACGAGAUCAAUAAGACAGUCAAACCCCGCAUCACGUCCUUCCGCAGCCUCAAACGGGGGACUGUGAUCACAGAAGAUUUUAGCCAUUUGCCUCCAGAGCAGAGGAGAAAAAAAUUGCAGAAGAAGAUUGAAGAAAGAAGCCGGGAGUUGCAGAAAGAGCUGGAUCAAAGGGAUGCCUUAAAUAAGAUGAAGGAUGUUUACCAAAAGACACCACAGAUGGGAGACCCCAACAGCUUGGAGCCAAAGAUCUCAGAGACCCUGGGCAAUAUUGAAAGGUUGCGUCUAGAGAUUCAGAAAUGUGAAGCUUGGCUGGCGGAUGCCGAGAGCAGGAUGCUGAGCAACCGCCCAGACGCAGUUACCCGCUAUAACCGCCACGUGGAUCCUGCCAGUGCCCUCAACAACAACAACUGCACCCAUGAAAAGGACAGCCCGGAAACUACUCAUUCUAACGAGAGCCAGGACACGCUCAACCAACCCAUUUACACAGAGUUUGAUGAGGACUUUGAAGAGGAAUUGGGCUCGCCCAUCGGAACCUGCGUGGCCAUGUAUCAGUUUGAAGGUUCCAGCGAGGGCACCAUCUCCAUGCAGGAAGGCGAAGAGCUCCACCUGAUGGAGGAAGACAAAGGCGAUGGGUGGACCCGUGUGCGAAGGCGUAGUAAAGCGGGCGAGGGUUACGUCCCUACCUCCUAUUUGCGACUGAAUGCGAACUGAGUAGGGGGGGGGGGGGAACUGAUAGCCAAGUUCCAGGAGCUGCACCAACAUCAGUCUCUGGAUGGAAGAGAGGGUUGGAGUUUCAAUUGCCUGGAAACAGCUCCGUGAUAUUUGCUCUGGCUGAGACGGUAAAAAAAAAGAAGGAAUUUGCACCAAAUCACUCUACUGCAAGACAAGAACUGACUAGCAGAGUAUGAUGGCUGUAGCCAGCUGAAAGCAAGGCCUCCUCCGAUGGGGAGUACGAGAGGCGGGGGGACGGGGUUGACUUCCAGCUAGUAACUGCUCCUCCUUUCCUCCACCAUCUUCAUGGCAGAGUUACAAAACGUUCCGUAGGAAUUUACCCUUCAGCCAAAGUAGAUAAAGAAAAAAACGUGCAAUUUUUGCACACAGGAAGAUUCCUGAAUUCAACGGCUCUGGACUGUGGUAGUUGCCCCGUCAGAUGAAAUGCGGCGCUGCGGUAGCAGAAAGGACUGCGGUUCCUAUUUCAAGUAGUGGAGCUGGCUGUCCCUCCUUUCUCUGCCAGGUUGGCCAGAGCAAAGGGCGCUUUCUCUCUCUCCAGGGAAAAAGCUUCUGCUUUUAUGCUGCGUUCAGUAGACUGUGUCCAAACCUCAAGGGGAUUAUGGGCGCUUGGGAAUCGGGGUGUGUGUGUGUGUGUGUCCAUAUUCAAGGAGGAGACCGGGUUGGAUUAGAAAGCCUGGAAUGUGUCUCCUUAAGAUUGCUGCUAUGCCUGUUCUUUUGACUAGAAGCAGAGGAGGGGGGGGUGUGUGUGGAGGAUAGUUGCUGGCCACACCAGUCACUCCCAGUGCUACUUCAAUGGUUCACCAUAGCUGUCUUGUCCGAGGGCCACACUGGUGCCAGACCAACAUCUCUAUAUUCUUUCCUUGAAAUGCACUUUAUCGUUUUCUUGGAUUUGAUUAGCCCGGCUCCUUCAGCCACUCCAAAAGUGCCUGCGCCAGAAUCACCCGGUUUGUUUCCCCCUUGGGAAUACAUGACACCA